AUGCCACCAGCAUCCCAGCCCGUAGCCCGUUCCGUCCACAACCCUCUCCUCUUUGAGUGUGCCUGGGAGGUAGCAAACAAGGUCGGCGGUAUCUAUACUGUCAUCAAGACCAAGGUCCCUGUUACUGUGCGAGAGUAUGGUGAUCGGUUAUGCCUCAUCGGUCCCCUCUCCUACAAGUCGGCUCCUGUCGAGGUCGAAGCCGAAGAGCCGUACCCGGGACCUUUUGGCGACACGCUCAAGUCUAUGCAGGAGCGUGGUGUCAAGCUUCUCUACGGUCGAUGGCUUAUUGAAGGUGCUCCCCGAGUCUUGCUCUUUGACACUGGAUCUUGCUACAACCGUCUCGACGAGUGGAAGACUGAUCUUUGGAACCUGGCCGGUAUCCCCUCCCCUCCCAACGACCACGAAACCAAUGAGACCAUCGUCUUUGGCUACAUGGUAGCCUGGUUCCUCGGUGAAUUCGCAGCCCGCGAAACGUCCACCGCCCUCAUCGCCCAUUUCCACGAAUGGCAAGCCGGUCUCGCGAUCCCCCUCUGCCGCAAGAGGCAUAUCGACGUCACCACCAUUUUCACCACUCACGCGACGUUGCUGGGCAGGUAUCUCUGUGCGGGCAGUGUUGAUUUCUACAACAACUUGCAGUACUUUGAUGUUGAUCAUGAAGCGGGCAAGAGGGGGAUUUAUCAUCGAUAUUGUAUUGAGAGGUCGUCGGCGCAUUGUGCGGAUGUGUUUACGACUGUCAGUCAUAUCACUGCUUUCGAGUCGGAGCACUUGUUGAAGCGCAAGCCCGCAGACGGUGUCCUCCCCAAUGGUCUCAACGUCGUCAAGUUUGCCGCCAUGCACGAGUUCCAGAACCUGCACGUCCAGUCCAAGGAAAAGAUCAACGAGUUUAUCCGUGGUCAUUUCUACGGCCAUUACGACUUUGACUUGGAGAAUACGAUCUACCUGUUUACCGCUGGUCGAUACGAGUUUAGGAACAAGGGUGUUGAUAUGUUUAUUGAGAGACUCAAUGCGCGCCUGAAGGCUAUGGGCUCCAAGACCACCGUCGUCGCAUUCAUCAUCAUGCCCGCCGCUACCAACUCUUACACCAUCGAAGCCCUCAAGGGCCAAGCCGUCACCCAACAACUCAAAGACUGCGUCGACCAAGUCACCUCCCGCAUCGGUAAACGCAUAUUCGAGCACGCCGCCCGUUAUUCCGGCGAACACGGUACCGAAGUGCCCAACGCCGAAGACCUCUUGUCCAACGAAGACAAGGUCUUGCUGAAGAGGCGAGUGUUUGCGCUCAAGAGGACGACGUUGCCGCCGAUUGUGACGCAUAAUAUGGCGGAUGAUGCGGCGGACCCGAUUUUGAACCAGUUGAGGAGGGUGGAGAUGUUUAAUAGGCCUGAGGAUCGGGUCAAGGUGAUUUUCCAUCCCGAGUUUUUGAACAGCAACAAUCCGAUUUUGGGGUUGGAUUAUGAAGAGUUUGUGAGGGGUUGUCAUUUGGGUGUCUUUCCUUCCUACUACGAGCCUUUCGGCUACACUCCAGCGGAAUGCACCGUCAUGGGUAUCCCCAACAUCACCACCAACCUCUCCGGCUUUGGCUGCUUCAUGGAAGACCUCCUCGAGUCCCCCGAAGACUAUGGCUGCUACAUUGUCGACCGCCGAUCCCAAGGUAUCGAAGAAUCCGUCAACCAACUCACCGACCAGCUCUUGGCAUUCUCCACCAAAUCCCGCCGUCAGCGUAUCAACCAGCGUAACCGCACCGAGCGCUUGUCGGAGCUUUUGGACUGGAAGUCGCUUGGGCUGGAGUAUGUGAAAGCGAGGCAGCUGGCGUUGAGGCGGGCGUAUCCGGAUGCGUUUGCGGAUGAUGAGCCGGACUUUACGGGGGUGCAGAGGGUGCCGUUGAGUGCGCCGGCGAGUCCGAGGAUGAGGGGCGCCGGGGUGUCGGGGUUGAUGACGCCUGGGGACUAUGCGACGUUGACGGAGGAGAUGGAGCAUCUCACUACGCAAGAUUACAUGGGUGCCAAGAGCUGGCGUGGCAUCAAUGAUGACGACGAUGAGAACCACUAUCCCUUCCCACUCGUGAUGAAGCCUCGGAACCGCUCCGACUCGCUUGCGAGCGCCAUCUCGGGCACUGCUACCCCUGCGGGCGGAAGGAGGCUGUCGGAGAAGGAUUUGGAGAGGGCUGAUCAGGUGUUGAGCCAGGUCAAUGGGCAUUAG